AUGUACAUCGAUCUCAGCAACCAUAGUAAUGUAGCUCAGGCUUUUUGGAGGGAGGAUGGUUUUUCUGGUGAAAUUGUCAGCAAUGGGGGUAAGCCAACUAUUGAAGGUCUCAGCUCAGGCCCUCUCCAACUCACCUACGAUUGCACGACAUCCAGCGGCAACCCUGCCAUUGUUGGAUUCUAUGCCAACAGUAGAGAGUGGAGUCACAUUGAACCCCAAACCAGAAAGCAAGCUGUUUUGGACUCCCUAGCCGAGUUCCUUGGGCCAAAGGCAAGAGACCCCCUGGACUACUGUGAAAAGGACUGGGCACUGGAGUCUUACAAUGGUGGCUGCCCUGUCAAUAUUAUGACACCGGGAGCAAUGACCUUUCACAGUGGGCUCAGGACUCCAUUUUUCAGGGUGCAUUGGGCUGGAACAGAAACAGCCACACACCACACGGGCUUCAUAAACGGCGCAGUGCAGUCCGGGAUGCGGGCAGCGGACGAGGUCCUAAGACGCCUUGAGCCUCACCGCCAAGCGGAUCGGUUACUGAUUUGUCUCGACAACCAGAGGAAAACUCAUUGGUACGGUGAAGAGGUUGGAAAAUGGAAGCGGCGAUUGUUCAUUGGGGGUGCCAUUGGAGUGGCUGUAGUCACGGCACUUACGGUGAAAAGAUGGGGCCUCAAAGGGACUGCUACUUAUAUUCUGAGUGCAUUCCAAGCUUGAAAUAGUUACGGGACUUGAGAAUUCCAGACACAGUACCACAAAUCACCAGGAGCUGCCGAGGUUGCUGAUUGGCCUAUCUGAGGAGAGUUGCAUCAGAGUCCACUCUUGACUCCAGUUGCACAGAGUGUGUCAAGAACUGCAGUGUACAGUAUGUAUGAGGCAAAGGUCUUGCUUCAUACAAGCGAUAUGGGAAAUGGAAAUAAGUAACCCCCAAGAAAUAUUCACUUUAUUGCGAGGAAUACGAGGUAAUUACAGAGCCAGUGAUGUUUAAGUUGUGUUCUUUGUCAAACAUCAAACUACGUGUAAUUUUGCAUUAAAUUUCUUGUUCUGCUGUGACUCUCAAAAUAUCACAAAAAAGUGGGAGGUAUCCCAAAUUAAGCUCUUCAUUUUGUCCCCCCA